AUUUACGUAUUUUCAAUUUUGCAAUAAAUCUGUUGUAAACAUAUUUACCAUACCUAUUGACUGCUUCUAAUUAUUUAAGUUGCAGUGUUUUAGUUGCAAAUAGUGUAAUGUUUUGUGUGUUCUAAGGAUUUAUUAUAAUUUACCGCGAGACAUUAUUUGGAGGUUGAAAGUUAACGAGAGCUCAUUUAAAAUUUCAUUUUAUUCAGCUUUACUGUUGUUUCUAAAUACAUUCCAAAAAUGGGGAAAGGAUUUAAUAACUACAUGUGCAAAAAAUUCUUCCAUCCUGCGUCUAGAGAUAACUUGAAAAGAGUAUGGAUGGCUGAACAAAAAUCUGAUGCCUAUAAGAAGAAACAAGAAGAACUUAGAGUUCAGUAUGAGAAAGAACAGGAGCUUCAUGAAAACAAAGCCCUACUAAGCAAGGAUAGUAAGGAUAAGUUGAGCCUCAACUUUAUGUAUGAACCUCCACCUGGUGUUAAGAAAGAGAGGGAACGCGAAGAUAAUGAACCAGAGUACAAAUUUGAAUGGCAACGAAAGUACAAUGCUCCAAGGGAGAGUUACUGUAAAGGCGAUAAUGAGAUUAGAGAUCAACCGUUUGGUAUAUUGGUCAGAAAUGUAAGAUGCAUCAAGUGUCACAAAUGGGGACAUAUUAACACAGACAAAGAGUGUUCAAUGUACUCUCUGUCGAUGAGUGAAGCUAGAGCUCUCCAGGCAUCCACGUCUGCUCCAGAAGAAGAGGAGGAAAAACCGGAUGUACCAACACUGAUGCAGCACAUGAGGGACUCAGGAUUGGUCAUGAAACCGGGAGCCAUGCCUCUGGCAGCGACAAAAAUUGAAGAUAAUGACACAUCUACAUACACUGAGAAUGACCUGAUAAGUCAACUUACCAAGAAACAAAAGAAGAAACUGUUAAAGAAAUUGGAGAAACUAGAAAAGAAAAAGGAUAAGAAGCACAAGCACAAAUCUCGCAAUUAAAUUUUAAUAUUAUCAUCAUUUUUAUCACUUUUACACCAUUUAUUAUGAAGUGAUAUUUGUUUUUAAUAAUCUUAUAGUACAUUCUUACCACAGUAGCUCUUGGCCUCCGAGUUAAAUUAAGAAAGUUGUUAAGCUCAUCUUAAAUUUAAAUACAUAAAAAUAAUAUGAAAA